CUUAUGUUUUGGUUUUCAUAACAUCGAUAAAUUAAUGUUCUCUUAUUUAUAUAUAUGUUUUUCUCUAAAACAAUAAUAUACAAUAAGAAAAGGGAGUAUGGGAGAGAUUCUGCAUCAUCAUUCCAUAUACAAAAAGAUGAUGGAAGCCAUUCGUUUCUAAAAGGAAGUAUUUUUUUCAUUUUAUAUUCAAUUAAAUGAUCUAGUUCUUAAAAUAAUACUUUCCCUCACGUUCUUACACAUUGGUUUGAAUCAAGUCAAGCCAACAAAUCCAAAAUCAUCUGAAAAACUAUCCCUAACCGACCCAUUUUCACAUUACUGAAACCCAUAGAGAUUUAGCGAUUUCUAGAAAUCUCAAAUAUGUGGAUUUUUGGAUGGAAAGGACCAUCUGGGUUUUCAGCCCGUUCUACUGCAGAAGAAGUCACCGAAGGAAUUGAUGGCAAUGGCCUCACUGCUAUUGUUACAGGAGCUUCAAGUGGUCUCGGCGAAGAGAGCACACGUGUUCUUGCAUUACGAGGAGUUUAUGUCAUUAUGGCUGUAAGAAAUAUUGAAGCAGGAAGAAAAGUAAAAGAAGCAGUGUUGAAGGAAUCCCCUUCUGCUAAAAUUGAUGUCAUGGAGUUAGACCUUUCUUCGAUGGAAUCUGUGAGGAAAUUUGCAGCAGAUUAUAUUGCAUCUGGCCUUCCACUAAAUAUUCUCAUGAACAAUGCUGGUGUUAUGGCUACUCCUUUUAUGCUUUCCCAUGAUGGCAUAGAACUGCAGUUUGCAACAAAUCAUUUAGGACAUUUUCUCCUGACGAACCUUCUGCUGGAAACCAUGAAAAAAACUGUGCUUGAAAGCAAAAAGGAAGGAAGAAUUGUCAAUCUAUCAUCAGAGGGUCACCGAAUUACAUAUGGUGAAGGAAUUCGUUUUAAUAAAAUCAAUAAUGAAUCAGAGUACAGAACCAUCUUAGCUUAUGGACAAUCAAAGCUUUCCAACAUAUUGCACGCAAAAGAGCUUGCCAGGCGGUUAAAGGUAGAAGGGGUAGAAAUAACAGCCAACGCUCUUCAUCCUGGAUCAAUUGCUACCAAUCUGCUACGCUUCCAUAGUACCAUUAAUGCUGUUACUAAUUUGGUCGCUAAAUACGUGCUUAAAAAUGUCCAGCAGGGAGCAGCAACUCAGUGUUAUGUAGCACUGAAUCCCCAAGUGAAAGGGGUAAGUGGAGAGUAUUUUGUUGAUAGUAAUAUUGCUAACCCAACAAAUCAUGCUAAAGAUAUGGAUUUAGCCAAGAAACUGUGGGAUUUCAGUGUGGAUCUAACCAACCCAAAAUAAUUGAAUAUUCUUAAGAGAAGCCUUUCUUAUUCUUAGCUUCUUAUCUCAGGCUUCAUGUUAUAGAUACAUGGACAGUUAAAUGGUGAAAGCAGAUGAGUUAUUAUUUGUAGUUUUUAGUUUUUAACUCCCGUUCGAUUGAAACAUAAACAGGGAGAAGACACAGUUAUAGAUCUAUAAUGGGGACAUUUGAAUGUUAGCUGAAACAUAUACGAGUGCACAGUUGUAAUGCUUUUGUUUGAAAACAAGUACAAUUGUUUUUCAUAUUCAUUUCAUAUUGCGAUGUUUUAGGGUU